GCAGGUUAGUGCUGAAUGAGCCUCAGUGUUUGGCUUGGUUUGACAAGUUUCCCCGGACGAUCAUGGGGCUCGGAGUGAGUAGUUAGUUGACACAUCAAUUAAAAAGUUACAGCUCACUUUGCGCGUAUUUUUUAACGAAGACUCGGGGUGUGAUGCGUUAGCAAAUGUAGGGACGUGAGAAGUUUGCGAUUUCCCCCUCUCCCCUCGGAGCGAUUUCAACAGCUAUUCAAGUCUACAUUGGAAGGCCAGACACAAGAGUGAAGAUGAACAGUCUGUCUUUUGACGAUCCCUCGUUGGAUAACCUGGAUCCAACGCUGUCGCUUAAUGACCCCAGCGAUAUUGACACGGCCCUCUUAAGCGACAUUGAUGACAUGCUACAGCUCAUCAGCAACCAGGACAUGGAGUUUGGAGGACUGUUUGAUAACCCUCCAUACACAGCACCUCCUCCCAGCCAAGAGCAUCCUGGUCUGACUCAGUCCCUCACCUCAUCUGCCCUUCCAACCGCCACUACCACACCUCCAACUCCACCCUCAUCUUCCUCUUCCAUCCUAAGCAGUAGCCCCCACCUGGAUGCACUCCUGGGCCCUCCCAUCACCCGUAGCUCAUCCACCCCGGACAAGGCCUUCCAGCCUCCCACCUUCCAGCAGUCCCCCCUGGCCCAGGUGCCCAGCUCCACGCAGAGGCAGCAGCCGUCAUCCCCACAGCAGGCUCAGAGCCUCAGACAGCCCCAGGUGGAGCAGCCCCAACCCAUUCUCAGCCCGCCUGCCACGGCUCAGGCAGCGUCACCUCAUGGCUCACCAGCACCGAACCCAACUUUCAGCGCCACACCCCAGGCUCUCUUCACCUCGCCUGCUCCCCAGACUCCACCUCAGCCUCAGCCUCAGCCGCAGCCGCAGACACAGCUUCAGGCUCAGCCCCAACAGGUCCGGACCAACUACAGCAACCAGAACGGCUACACAGCUGGCAGUCCCAGCACUGUGAGCCAACCCACCACCAUCCUGUCAUCAUCACCUCCAACUGUUCAGCCAGUCACCAUCCAGGCUCAGCUCCAAGGGCUGACCACCACUACUCCUCUCCUGGCCACGUCGGCGAGCCCGCCGGUUCAAACCAUCGCACCACACGUACAGCAAGUACCUGUGUUGCUGCAGCCCCAGUUCAUCAAGGCUGAUUCUCUGCUGCUGACCACUCUGAAGCACGACCCCUGUAUUGUCACUACUAUGGCCUCUCCCACAUCGCUGGCCACCACCACCCCAGUACAGAGCACUUCACUGCAGGCUUUUAUGGGCAGUGGCACCAUCCUGACCACGGUGCCCGUCAUGGUGGACACUGAGAAGCUGCCCAUCAACCGCAUCGCUAUCACCGGCAAGCCAGCAGGUCAGCCGCACAAGGGCGAGAAGCGCACGGCUCACAAUGCCAUCGAGAAGCGCUACCGCUCCUCUAUUAAUGAUAAGAUCAUCGAGCUCAAAGAUCUGGUGGCUGGCACUGAGGCCAAGCUCAACAAGUCUGCAGUGCUGAGGAAAGCCAUCGACUACAUCCGUUACCUGCAGCAGUCCAACCAGAAACUCAAGCAGGAGAACAUGGCUUAUAAAAUGGCAGCCCAGAAAAACAAGUCUCUCAAGGACCUGGUUGCCAUGGAGGUGGACGGACCAGCUGAUGUGAAGAACGAGCUGCCCACCCCGCCAGCCUCUGACGUGGGCUCCCCCACCUCUUUCUCACACUGUGGCAGUGACUCAGAGCCUGACAGUCCCAUGGGGGAAGACACUAAGCCGAGCGUGGGCGUGUUAGACAGAUCAGCAGCAGGAGGCAGCGCUGGCGGUAUGUUGGACCGUUCCCGCAUGGCGUUGUGUGCCUUCACCUUCCUCUUUCUUUCCCUCAACCCGCUGGCCGCCCUGCUCUGCUCAUCCAGCAGCAGCUCGGCUGGAAGCGCAGCCGCCACUGCCACCCAUCAUGCAGGAAGAACCAUGCUGGGUGUGGAGAUCGCAGCGGACUCGUGGGGCUGGAUGGACUGGAUGCUGCCGACUAUACUGGUGUGGCUGCUCAACGGUAUUCUGGUGUCAGGGGUUCUGAUCCGACUGUUAGUGUACGGAGAGCCUGUCACCAGACCACACUCUGGAUCGUCUGUCUUGUUCUGGAGGCACCGCAAGCAGGCUGACCUGGACCUCGCUAGAGGAGAUUUCGCCCAGGCCAGUCAGAACCUGUGGACCUGUCUAAAGGCUCUUGGUCGUCCCUUACCCAUCUCCCAGUUGGACCUGGCAUGCUCCGCACUCUGGUCCCUGCUAAGAUUCUGUCUGCAGCGCCUCUGGGUGGGCCGCUGGCUGGCUGCCAGGGCCGGAGGGCUACGAUCUGACCGCCCCCUGAAGGAAGACGCCUGUAAAAGCAGCCGGGACGCCGCUCUGGUUUACCACCGCCUGCACCAGCUUCACAUGACAGGUAAGCUGAAUGGUAGCCACCUGUCAGCGGUGCACAUGGCUCUGAGUGCAGUGAACCUGGCAGAGUGCGCUGGCUCCUGUCUGCCUGUAGCCAGUCUGGCUGAGGUCUAUGUCUCAGCAGCUCUACGGGUCAAAGCCAGCCUGCCAAGGAUCCUGCAUUUUACCUCACGUGUGUUCCUGAGCAGCGCCCGCCAGGCGUGCCUGUCAUCCAGUGGCAGUGUGCCUCCAGCUAUGCAGUGGUUGUGUCACCCACUCGGUCACCGCUUCUUUGUGGAUGGGGACUGGGCUAUUCGCAGCACUCCUAAAGAAAGCAUCUACAGCCAGGCCGGCAAUACUGUGGAUCCUCUGGCUCAGGUGACUCAGGCGUUCAGGGAACACCUCCUGGAGAAAGCUCUGUACUGUGUUGCCCAGCCACACGAAGGGAAAAGCUCAAACCAGGGCGAGGGGGAGUAUGCUGAUGCCCUGGAGUACCUCCAGCUGUUGAUCAGUGCUUCAGAUGCGGCUGGUGCCACCUCCCAGUCUUUUGCUAUUGGCUCCAACAUGGCCACUGUGACUGGCUGUGACCCCCACUCCAAGUGGUGGUCCUCAGUUGCCGUGGUGAUCAUCAACUGGCUCCAAGGAGACGACACCGCGGCAGAGAGACUGUAUCCAACUGUUGAGCACCUGCCCCGCAGCCUGCAGAACGCAGAGAGUCUUCUGCCCAAGGCAUGUCUGAACACAUUCAGAGCGGUGCGGGCGCUGCUGUCCAAGCCGGAAAACUGCCAGCUGAGUCUGAGCUACAGCGACAAGGCCAGCGCCCUGCUUCGAGACAGCCUCAACCUAGGACCACACUGCCACAGCUCCAGUUUAGACAAGGUUAUCCAGUUGCUCUUGUGCGAUCUUCUGUUGGUGAUGAGGACCAAUGUGUGGCGCCUGCAGCAGCAGGGGGCGGGUCCUGCGGGGUCAGGGACGACUGGUACCAGCGGCCCCGUGGGGGUCCACCAGGCCUCCCCACCGGAGCUCCAAGGCUUUCAGCAAGAUCUCAGCUCCCUACGCAAGCUGGCACACAGCUUCAGGCCUGCAAUGCGGAGGUUGUUCCUUCAUGAAGCUACAGCCAGGCUGAUGGCGGGGGCCAGUCCCACCCGCACACAUCAGCUCCUGGAUCGCUCGCUGCGACGCAGGGCAACGCCUGGAGCCAAGACAGAGGAGUGCGAGACGCGGCCAGGCCAGCGGGAGCAGGCUGAGGCAGUGAUGCUGGCGUGCCGCUACCUUCCCCCCUCCUUUCUGUCGGCUCCCGGCCAAAGGGUGGGCAUGCUGGCGGACGCGGCCCGCACCCUGGAGAAGCUGGGAGACAAGAGGACCCUCCACGACUGCCAGCAAAUGAUCAUCAAGCUGGGCAGCGGCACCACCGUCACCAACAGCUAGAGAGAUGGGAGGGGCUGAGGGACAUGCAUGGACACUGUAUAUAGAAACAUCUCUAAAAUACACAAACAGAUGGAAAAAGAAACCCCCGCAGACACAACAACCACACGGCCUCUGGCAUUUUGGCGUGCAGCUAUUGAACAGAUUUAUUAAACUCUACAGAUUCAUAUCAAAGUGACAGGAUUUUUCUUCAUGGACUGUCCCUCCCACCACCUCAACCCCCCCAUCAGGAAGUACUUGUAGAGUUUGCACUCUUGUUGCUAUGGAUUAUUACCAUAAUAAAGGAAGCAUUUUUUUUCUCAGUUACUGAGCUGAAUCCCCUCGUGAGAUUGCAGUGCAGCAGUUUGACCACAGAGAGGAGCCAUCACGUCCUCUUACUGGACGAUUCAGUGUGAAUGAUGUGAGUGUGUGUGAAGCAUGACAGAGAUAUUUGCCCUGCACUUGUUCAGUAUAGUCCCACCCCCGAUCUUUUUGACAGAGAUGCACCUUCUCCAAGGCAGGAGUACCCAGUGGGUUGGAGUGCCUGAUUGGCUGCAGAGUGAGGUGUCUCGUGUUCGUGGGAGGAAGAGGACCAAACUCGGAUUGGUCUAACCGUGGGCUCGUUCAGUGGGAAGCCACUCCGCAGGUUCAAAUAGUGUUAAAGUCGAAUCACGUUUUUACCAUUGAUAAUCUGAGGAGAGGUGAUCCGCUCUACAAGCUCCGUGUCUAUCUGCACUAGCCCUGCGAGGCUUAUUUCAAUGAGAUAAUAAACAUGGCUUUAUGAAGUUAUUUUCAUAGGUCAUUUCUUGUUUUGCUGUGUACAUAUUUUAAAAUGUAUUUAUAAUCUGAACUUUGAUUAAGCAGUAUUUUGCAUAAGCAGAGUGAUAAAUGCUUAUUUUCUUCUCCUGAAACCUGUUUUUAUCUGGUAGCUUUCGACCGGGGCCCAAAUAAUGUAGUUACUUUACUGUGUUGCCAUGCCGACGGCCGUCAAAAUGUAGACGGUAUCAAGUUAUUUGCGUCACGUCGUCUGACUCGAUUGACCUUUUGCACUGUUGCACACGUAUACAACUAUGAUAUGAAAAUUGGCAGCGCCCAAUUCUGGCAUCACCAACAGACAGCUGAAACUCUCAACGUGAACCUUUGGCACUUUUGCAACAAGUUACAUAACGACAGACAAUUUCAAAAUCUUUUUUUUUCCCAAAGAGGGCCUGUAGAGAAUCUCCUGGUUUCCCUUUGUAGCUCCAUUAUGAAGAGCAACACGUGCUCUUUCAGUUAUUGUAGUUUCAUGCUCCUAGAGAACCACCAUUUCUUGAUUUUUAAAGACUGUAAAAAAAAAAGAAAAAAGACUUUGGCAUGUGUGUUUGUCCCAGGACCAGUAUGUUUUUUUUAUAGUGCGUCUCUAAUGUGAAAGACUGAAAGACGUUGGAUUGAGAUGAAUGAGUCGCAGCCAUGUCUAAAGGUUUUAUUCAUGUGUUCUUUCACUGACAUCUUUUCAUCUCUUCCGUGUUCUUUGGUUUCAACCUUUUAUGAUGUAAAUAUUAAAGCCUUUUGUAAAGAAGAAUA